GGCGGGGCCAGGUCAGGCCGCGGUGAAGACAUGGCGGCGGCGGCGGCGCUUGGUCCGGGUCCGCUCCGCGUGGGCUUUGUGGGCGCGGGACGUAUGGCCGAGGCCAUCGCGCAGGGCUUCAUCCGAGCAGGAAAAGUAGAAGCUCAGCACAUAGUGGCCAGUGCACCGAGUGACAGGAACCUCUGCCACUUCCAGGCUCUGGGCUGCCAGACCACCCACUCCAACCAGGAGGUUCUGCAGAGCUGCUUGCUGGUCUUCUUUGCUACCAAGCCCUAUGUCCUGCCAGCUGUCCUGGCAGAGGUGGCCUCUGUGGUAACCACUGAGCACAUCUUGGUGUCUGUGGCUGCUGGAGUGUCUCUGAGCACCCUGGAGGAGCUGCUGCCGCCGACCACACGGGUGCUACGAGUCUCACCCAACCUGCCCUGCUUGGUUCAGGAGGGGAGUGUGGUGAUGGCGCGGGGCCGCCACGCUGGAAGCAGCGAGGCCAAGCUUUUGCAGACCCUGCUGGAGGCCUGCGGGCAGUGCGAGGAGGUGCCUGAGGCCCACAUGGACAUCCACACCGGCCUCAGUGGCAGCGGUGUGGCCUUUGUGUGUACCUUCUCCGAAGCCCUGGCCGAAGGUGCCAUCAAGAUGGGCAUGCCCAGUGGCCUGGCCCACCGCAUUGUUGCUCAGACCCUGCUGGGGACAGCCAAGAUGUUGCAGCAGAAGGAACAGCACCCGGCUCAGCUGCGGACAGACGUGUGCACGCCGGGCGGCACCACCAUCUAUGGGCUCCACGCCCUGGAGCAGGGGGGGCUGCGGGCAGCCACCAUGAGCGCCGUGGAGGCUGCCACGUGCCGGGCCAGGGAGCUCAGCAAGAAGUAGGGAAAGGCCCUGGACGUGGGCUGCCCCGGCCCCUCCUCCCCGCCCCUUCCCGAGGACUGCAGCCCUCCCACCAUGCAGGGGCUUCUUGCCUGCCCCCAUCCCGAGCUCCACAUGAGGAAGUGGGAAGGGACAGGACUGGAGGGGCUCACAGGCGGUGGCCCACCAUCAUGGGUGACUCGGGGUUGUGGGGCCUGAGCGUGAGCACUGCUGGCGGCUGCGGGGCAGGAGCAGGGCAGCUGCUGGGGCAUCGGUAGCCUUUCCAACAGCUACAUAACUGCAGCCAGCUCACGGGGUGGGGGACGUGGAGACUGGCUCCUCAGUGAAGCCAGCAGGGGUCUUGCCCCUGGGUUGACCUGCCAUGGGGUGGGGCCACCCACGGGGAGCUGGGCCCCGACCCCGCCAGCCUCUGAGAAGAAAACACAGCUGGCCACUCUUUCUCUGGCUGAGGAGCUGAGGGUCCUUCCCCUGGGGAGCCCACCCCAACAGAGGCCCGGGCCCAGGGUUUGCGCAGCACUGGUCGGCAGCAGGUCCCUGAAGGGCCCCGCUGGCUGCAGAGCCAGGACUUGGCUUCAGCUGGGUGUGGGCCCCCUCCCCCAGCUAAGCUCCAGGCAAGUGGCAGGUGGAGCCGGCCGUGACGACCCUUCCAUGGGUCGUCCUGGCGGGUCUCCUGGCCUGGCCUCCGACUACUAGACAUGGCUCUUCAGCACAUCCCUGAAUGGAGCAACCGGCCGGGAAAGCCAGGAACUCAGGUCCCCAACCAAAGGCACGAUCUCCCCGCCCACCCUGCCCCCGAGGUUCACCGGAGCCUCCCCACCCUACAAAGGCCCUGAAGUGCCGUACCAGCAUAUGCUGAGACGAGGCCAGCCACGCGAGAGCCAGGCUGCCCCCAGUGGACCAGCUGAGACUUGAAGCCAAUCCGUCCCAUCCGUAGCUGGCUGAUGGCACCCCUGCUGCAGUGCUCUUCGUGCUCAGGCCCCUGCCCCCAUCCCGAGCCUCCAGCCCGUCCUCCCCCUUCCAUCCUUCGUUAGCCAUUUGGCCCUUCCACCUGUUAGGCCAGCCUGAGGCCACGUCCACACCUGAUGUAUCCGUGAGAUGGGAAUAAAGACACUGUCCAGUAGCA